AUGUUGGUCAUCGUCUGUUUUCUUCUGACUUUUCAACUAUAUUCUAUUGAAUGUUUUAGCACUGAAAAUGACGAUGACUCAUGGAAAGAGCUCUCAUUUUCAUUACGGACAGAUGGUAACGGAACCAUGAAAAGUGCCCAUAUUCAAUGGACGGAUCGUUUUGAUGAUUCAUUCGCUUAUGCCUAUACAAACGAGAAUAGAUCGGAUCUGAAGUUUUUGUACGAUAAACCUCGUCCUGAACUUUUCGUAACUAACAAAUUCAUACUGGAAGCAUUCACCCAAUUUCUUGAUUUCUUUCAAAAUAGGACAAAGAUUGGCAGAGUUACCGUGUCGAUUCCCUCAAUGACAGACGACCUCAAAAAAGUGACAACGAGAAAAAACAAAUACGGACAGAAACCAGAAAUUGAUUAUUUUCGAUUCAACUCUUACGACUAUUUUCUCUAUACUGAAUUCCUGAGACUAUCUUCUGGAAUUCCAAAGUCACUGAAAAUCUCGUUUUUCUAUUUUCCCGAGAGAACAGAAAAAGUACUGAAUGGAUCAAUUUUGUACCAUCCAAAAGUAAGAAAAAUAACUGAAUUGGAUCUUCGAACUGUGGAAAGUGAUGUCAGUGACAAUGCUCUGCAUCAGUUGGAAUGUGAAUCAAUUACAGUCCGAUCUUCAACUAUAACCAAUUCUGGGAUCAACAAAAUUCUAAAGGAAUGGCAAGAUGGAUUACGAUCUACUCGUUAUCUGAAAGUGGUCAGUGAUGACGUACAGAAGGCAGAGAUAAUGGAUGGAGUAUCUAAAAGAACAUUGCAACGUGGCGUCUGGGAAAUCAAGAAUCGCUUCAACGUCUCAGCUACAGUAACCGUCAGUCGGGUCCCAACAAAUCUCUACGACUCAAAACCGACGUUUGAAUUCGCCGUUUCCUAA